AUGGUACAGCUACUGCGAAUAACCCCCGAAGAGGUUAUCGAGUUCCCUCUCGUCCUCUACACACCCUUGAACGCCAAUCUCAAACUUGAAAACAUCAGUGAUGAGAGUGUAGCAUUCAAAAUCAAAACCACCGCACCCAAGGGUUACCUCGUAAGACCAAGCACGGGUGUAAUCAAGGCUGGGGAACAUCAGUCGGUUCAAAUCAUCCUACAACCUCUUACUGAAACGCCCAAGACUGUAAAUGACAGAUUCCUUGUACAAUCAGUAACUUACGUCAGUGAAGAGCCCGUGCCUAAGGAUCUGUGGACCACUGUUGACAAGGCACAGGUUGGAGAACACCGACUUAGUGUAUCUCUGGUCAAGGACCCAGGACUUAACAUCCAAUCUGGCAACUCCCCUCAUGGUAUCCCUCCUCGCAUUGCUGCAAGGUUAUUCACCCCGCAGAGCGCUAAUGUGGAUCUUCCAGAAUUACGGCAAAAAUACGAUGAACUUGUCCAAUAUUGUCUCUCUGUUGAGAAGUUGAAGGCUCAGAUUAUCAGGGAAAAUGAACAACUCAGACAGAGAUUAAACCUUGGACAAGCUGACUCCCUGGGAUCAAAGCUCUCUAUUGAGUUCUGGUACAUCCCAAUCAUCAUUAUUUUCAUGGCCCCAUUAUUUAUUUUGCAUACACCUGGCAAAAUGGCAGAUGUUUACGGCGAUGAAUUUGGAGAUAAUUUUGGUAUCGAUGAGUUUGCAGAGGAGGACGAGGAUUACGAUGAAUUUGAUGACUUUGACCAACAGCGCGUCGCUGAUGUCGACAUAAUCACCGAUCCAAACGAUUACAGACAACGUGUCGAUAAUGCUCACAGAAUUACAAGCCCUUAUAUGACAAAAUACGAAAAGGCAAGGAUCAUAGGCACAAGGGCAUUGCAAAUCAGCCUUAAUGCACCUAUCACAAUACCAGUAGAUGGAUCCAUUGACACCAGCGACGACGGGAUCGCAAUGGGAUUUGGAGAGUCCAUUGACACAUCAGCAGCAGCUAUCGACCCUCUCGUUAUCGCCGAAAAGGAACUAUACCAGAAAUCGGUACCCUUCAUUAUAAGAAGGUACCUACCCAACGGGUCAUACGAAGACUGGAAGAUCGAAGAACUUAUCAUAGAUUGA